AUGCCCGGCCCGCCGACCAUCUACUACGGCCCUCCUCCAGGUCAUCCGGGGCACCCAGGCCACCCGGGUGGACCGUUCAGCUUUGCAGCGCCGCCUAGUGGCGGGCCGAGACCGCUGAGCGCGAAUGGUUCUGGGGAUAGUGCGGCGCAAGGACAAGGGCCGUGGGCGAAUAGGCAGCUGCCCCGGCCGCAGAAGGACUUGCCUGGCCAUCCGGCACAUGCGGCUCGGCGGAUGACAUAUCAGCCCCCGCCGUCGGAGCCUAUGGCAGAGUAUCAAGAGUGGAAGCAUUGGCGGAGAGAUCAGGUGUUGCCUCAGACGUCGCCGCAUGCCGGGGGACUGCCGGAGGGGAGCUUUGUGGAUAGGGAUGGAGGGAGGUAUGCUGAGCCGGCGCUGCCGCAUAUGCAGCUGCCACCUCCCUCCGCCAAGGCCACCGCCAAACGCCCUCGGACAGAAUCUGUCUUGCCACCCGACGUCGUCCAGAACGGAUCAUCGUCAUCAUCGCGGAAGAAGCAUACGGUACAACAGGAUUCGCCCGAAUUCAAGCCCGCCUACCCGGCAGUGUUGACGAGGGAGAAGAAGCAAAAGGCGUGUUCGAAUUGCAGAAAGGCAAAGUUGAAGUGUAUAGUCGAGCCGAAUCAGACAUUGUGUGUGAGGUGUCAUUCGAGAAAGGAAAAGUGCAUCUUUUACCCCCGAGGCCAUGACGAUGACUGGCAACAGACACUGCAAACAGAUCUGUACAAUGCCACCAACCACCUCUCCCAGCUUUCCAAUGCUGUGCAUCAUAUCCUACAUCACCUCACCGCAUCCAACCUCAUCCCGCCGCUGUACCCGCCGUACGAACGGUACGAAGCACCCGACCGGGAGGGCUACUUUCCUCUAGACAAGAAAGGACGGGACAACGACGGAGACAAGAAGAAACGGCGUAAGGCCUCUAAAAGCGCAGAAGAAGACGAAGAAAGACCGGCGAGUCCAGAGCCUACAGCUGGCGUCUUUCUACCGCCCCCUUCUGGGCCUUCUGGCAUGUUCAGUUACCACCAACCACCGCAUACUGCGCCUCUACCAUCUGCACAGAUCAUCAGCCCGAUCUCGGCCAGGCUGGGUCCGACGCAGCAGGCGUUCGGGCUGCCCAUGCCUCUUCCGACGCAAGGGCACGCGCAAGGGUCGGAUACGAUCGAGCAGGAGAAGGAGACGCCCGAGGAAGGGCCUGCGUUUGGCAGUCCUACGAAUCGUGGCAGGUUGACACAGGAGGGAGAGUACAGGAUGCAUCAGGGAGGGUACCCGGGGCAGGGGCAUUUGACCUUGUCGUCGAUGCGGGAUGAGCCUCUCCCGGCGAUCGAGUCUGAGGGGAUGUUUGUUGAUGAGAAUGGGCUUGAGAUUGCUGUGGGGUCGAUGGACACGAGGACGGAUGUGAUCAAGAAGGAUAUUGUCUCAAAUAAAGACGCCUUGGUGCUGAUCAACUUCUUCCAUUCACGUAUGAGCGGUUUCUUGUACGGCUACCGCCUCCAGCUCGGCCACUUCCCCUACCUCCCCGACGGACCUUCCACCCUCACCCCCCUCAUCCUCGCCAUCCUCUGCCUCGUCACAUGCGACCACUUCCCCCACCUCGCGCACCUCCGCUCGCCCCUCCAGGACGAAAUCUCCUCCGCCCUCAACACGUCCCCCGCCAAGUCUUGGCAGAAUUUCGACGCGACGAUCAGUAAAGAUUUCGGCGAUUUGGAUGGGGAGGGUGCGAUUGAUGCAGAGUUUGCGUUGGGGCCGGAGGAGAUUGUAGGAUUGUGUGUGGUGGCUACAUGGAUGGUGGAUCGGCGCGAAGCGGCGUUGAUAGCGCGGGUGGCGUUCAGAUGGGCGAGGGGAUGGAUUGAGGUUCUGAAGAAUCAGAAUAGGAUGAUGACGGUGGCGGAGAAGGUGGGGAUUGUCCCUGCAGAGAGGUCGGCGACAGAGCAGGAUAUGACGAGAGUUUGGCUGUUUUGUUAUGUGGUGGAUAGUACAGAACGGCUGAGAAGCCCCGAAGCGCCCCAGGUAACAUACCGCGACGCUCUCCCGAAUUGCAACCGUCUCCUCCCAAUUGCCACCCCGCCUGCUUCACAUCCUUCAGAUCCGUUUGACCUCCUCCUCACCCUUCACACCAAAGUGAUCAUGAUCCUCAACGAAUGGCGCAAACAGCUCGGGCUUCUGGCAGAAGCUGUGCCAGAAGGCAAUCAGAGUCAGAUGAAGAGGUUGGUACUAAAAACGAAUGGGGAUUUGGAGUUUUGGAAGGCAAACUUUGAUGCUGUCAGGCCGACUGGGCAGAGGCAUGGGGAGAAUGCCGUGUUGAAGUGGGACUACACCCUCUUGACAUGGCUCUUUACCAAGCUGAGCGUCAACAUGUCCCUCCCCGACGCCCUCGCCGCCCGGCCCCAAAACUUUCACAGCUACUCCGACUCUGCCCUCCAACUCUCCCCCACUCAACCGCAAUACCAAGCGCACCUGCCAUACGCUUCCGCGACCCCACAGCUCAGCGCGUCUGACACUCAGUUGAGGGAGGCGUCAUGGUCGAAAGCGGCGGAUUGUGCGAUGCAGAUGCUGGAAGUAUGUGCGAGCUGGCAGCCGAGGGAAGAGUUGCUCUACUUUUCGCCGACGUACUUGUUCUUUAUCACUUUGGCCGCGGAAGAAUUGAGGCUGGUUUUGGGGUCGUUGGAAGAGAGGGCGUUGAUCGAUGCCGCGGAUGUGGUGUCAUUGCUAAGGACAAUAGGCGAAUCUCUGACGAUGGGCGACCUUCCUCCAAAACAUCAAACGCGCAUGGCGGCGCAAGCGUUGUUCUACCACGCCGAGCAGCUGGAAGGGCCGCAGGAGAAUGUAUGGCUCAUGUUGGGGGAUCAGCGCCAGGGUCGCCAGGGGGUCCGUCAGGCGUAG